AACUAACCGCCAUUAGUAGAAGAACAUAGCAGACGUUGCAGCAGUGUGAGCCAUGAAAUGUUUCUUUGAUCUCUCUCUCUCUCUCUUCAAUGCGUUUUUGAUUUAAUGGUUGAACUUCAUUUAAUCGCUUCAUGAUUCUUCCUCACUUCAACAACUUUCUUCUUCACGGACCACCUUUUCCUCUCACCACAAAUGUGGCGUCGAAGCUUCUCCAAAUUCGCCGUUAGAGCUUCCGGUUUAGGUUUUCCGACGCGAUCUUUCUCGCGCGAGGCGGGAAAGAGGUUCGCUGCGUUGUGGGGAAACGGCGAUUACGGCAGAUUGGGUCUCGGCAACUUGGAUUCGCAAUGGAAACCCGUCGUUUGCACAGCCUUCCGCAACCAGAACCUUAAGGCCAUUGCUUGUGGCGGUGCUCACACUCUCUUCUUAACAGACGAUGGAUGUGUAUAUGCAGCUGGUCUUAAUGAUUUUGGGCAGCUUGGUGUCUCAGAGAGUAAGCACUACUCAGUGGAGCCACUUCGUGUUUUUGGAGAGGAGAAGAAAAUUGUGCAGAUCUCUACUGGUUAUAAUCAUUCUUGUGCGAUCACAGUGGAUGGAGAGCUUUACAUGUGGGGAAAAAACACAAGUGGGCAGCUUGGACUUGGAAAAAGGGCUCCAAACAUAGUUCCUUUGCCUACUAAAGUAGAAUACUUGGAUGGAAUCAACAUUAAAAUGGCAGCUCUGGGUUCAGAGCACACUGUCGCAAUUAGUGAUGGUGGGGAAGCCUUUAGUUGGGGAAUGGGAGUGUCUGGUAGACUUGGUCAUGGCCAUGAGUCAAGCAUCCUAGGAUUCUUCAGAAGUUCCAGUGAGUAUACCCCGAGGCUUAUAAAGGAUCUUGAAGGAAUCAAGGUAAAAUAUGUAGCUGCUGGUUUGCUAAAUUCAGCUUGUACUGAUGAAAAUGGUUCUGUUUUAGUAUUUGGUGAAAGAGGAAUUGCAAAAUUGCGUUUAAAGGAAAUGAGUGAUGCGACAAGACCAUCCAUGAUCAGUGAACUUCCAUACUCAAAAGAAGUUGCUUGUGGUGGCUACCACACCUGUGUCGUGACAAAUUCAGGAGAGCUUUAUACCUGGGGUUCAAAUGAAAAUGGGUGCCUUGGCAUUGGCUCCUCAGAUGUCAUUCAUCUACCUGAAAAGGUUCAAGGGCCAUUCUUGAAGUCUUCUGUUAGCCAGGUUUCCUGUGGUUGGAAGCAUACUGCAGCCAUCUCUGAAGGAAGAGUCUUCACAUGGGGUUGGGGAGGUUCCAAUGGGACGUUCUCUGAAGUUGGACAUUCUUCCAGUGGACAAUUGGGUCAUGGAAGUGAUGUGGACUAUAUAAGUCCUACGAGAGUUUGCUUUGGAGAAGACGUGAAAGCGUUGCAAGUUUCAUGCGGGUUCAAUCAUACAGAGAUUCUCACGGAUGUGGCUCUGCAAUCCACCACUACAUCCAUCAAAUGGGGAAUGGGAAUCCCAAUAACAUGGUCAAUACAUUGUGAGAUAAAAUGUCAGUCAUUUCCCUCAACCGUUUUAAAAGCAAGGUGUCUUAAACUGGGUUUCCUACUCAUCCACAACUCAAAAUGAGUCUUUUGAACAGCU